CGGGGGGUGGGGGGCGGGGGCUGCUGGCCCCGUUGCCUCUCGCCGACGUCGGACGCCCGGGCUGCAACGGGCGUCACGAGCCUGUGAUUGCGUGGCGGGUUCCGGUGGCCGUGGGGCAGCAAUUCUUAUGCCGGUCAGCGGGUGCAUCUGGUUUGGGGAAAUCACGCGAAAGCUUCCGACAAGUUGACGACGGGGGGAGGUGGUGCAGGAGAAGAGUUGUCAUGGCGCAGAUUCUCAGAAGUCGCUCGGUGGUCCUGGCUGCCGCUGCGGUGGCCGUGCUGCUGGUCCUCUCGUGGGUUCCAGCCAUCGAGGCCGGGAAGAGGCGAGUGCACAUUCCGGACGACCUCGAUGAUGUGGAAGACAACGAGGAGGAUGAGGACUGGAAAGCGUGGGGCAAACCUAAGCCCAGGCCUCGUCCGAAAUUCGACCCUCCUCCCGAUUUUCAAGAUGGGAUGGAUUUGGGCAAGUAUCAACGCGAGAUGAUCAAGCGACAGUUUGGACCUUCCAUGGGCUUCGCCAAGCUCCGGAUCGACGUGCCGCGCGAGCUGGAAGAAGCCCCACGCUUAGCAAGGACGUGGACUGAGCUACUGAAGACAGGGUCAAUCGAUGCCAAGGUUAUUGCUGUCGACAAGAACACGAUUAUGUUCACAAUUCCGGAUGGCCAAGACUCUUUGGAGGUGAAGGACUUCGUUUUGAGUCAACCGGAAGCAUACGAAUUUAAACUUGGCCAAAGUACGUUCCGUCGCCCAGGAGAUCCUGAAUUGGAUGUUGUUGUGGAGAGAAUGAGAAAGGAGAGGGCGAAGAAGAAAGACUCGAGUAGUGUGAAGGAGGAGUUGUAGCCUCUGGCGCAAAACACUGGGAUUCAGCCUGGUUUUCGUGAUACAGUCAUCCUCAACAGGAUCUAUCACUAAGUCCGCUCAGGACUUCGUUUCUGAAACUGCGUCCAUGCCAAUCAAGGAAGAAUCAUGCCCAGUUAACAGAGAAGACUCUUCUGUCUGCAAAAUGUGAAGGAAGAGCAAGCGCAAAGUGGAGACUCUGUCCUUGGUUUGAAAGACCCUGUUUCAUAUCCACUCAAGGAAAUAGACGAGGUAAGGGUGUGCAGUGAUGUAGAACCGAGACAUCAUUCCUAAAUGUGAGAAAUGUGGACCGAACCCAUUAACAUACGUUUCAUUUCCAAAAGAAUUCAAUAAAGUUACUCAUGGUCGC